CCCACCCCUCUCCCGAGCUGCGGGGCUGAGGGUGCGCUCGCUUUUCACUGCGCAGUUCCAAGAGGAGACAGCCGCCACUGUGCCGGGCCUUGUGACCACUUCCCAGAGGUGAUUUUAAUUGCACACCUAUUGAAAUAAACCUGUAGUUUCUAGAAGCGGAAGAAAAUUUGCUGAGAUGUCAGCUGGGGGUUCUUUCUGGAGAACCCCAGAAAUGGAGAGCUUCCACACGAGAUUUAGUGCCUGGACACCUUUUAACAACAAGUCAUUAAAUAGACAGCUCUUUCAGGAAAGAGUGGCUCUUAUAAGUCAUUGGUUUGACCUCUGGACUAACAAGCAACGUCAAGAAUUCUUAUUCGAGAUUUUUUUACGAUGCACUCACUCACAAUUAAGGUUUGUCCAAGACUGGUUUUCAGAAAGGAAGCAACUGGCCAAAGUGGAUUUCUCUACAGUGUUACCACGCUUCAUUUCUCUAUACAUCUUUUCCUUUCUGAGUCCCAAAGAUUUGUGUGCAGCCGCCCAAGUCAGCUGGGCCUGGAAGUUUUUAACUGAACAGGAUUGCUUAUGGAUGCCCAAAUGUGUUAAGUUCGGAUGGUUUCUGCCCUAUACUCCAACAGAUAAUGAGUAUGGUGCUUGGAAGCGCCAUUACAUUGCUUGUGUGUCCCACUUAGACUGGCUGACACCCAGGGAGGCUGCUGCUACUUACGGGACGCUGAAUGAACCCAAAACAGAAGAUGAGGAACUACUAGAGAGACAUAGAGAAAAGUGCCUAAGGAAAAGAAUUUGGGAGAAAAUUGCACUACGUAGGAAGGAGUUAUUCAAAGUUCGACCCCCUUGGGUGAGUGGAACGGGCCGCUCUAGCGUGCUAAAGCCCAGAUGCCAACCACGCCUCUCCCAGACUGUAAGGGAGCGAGCAGGAUCACAUGAAGCUUUGGAGAAACAGCUUGUUUUGACAUCGUUAGAAACCUUGCCCAAGCAAAGCAAUAUUUCUGGAAGCCAUUCCUACCCUUUAUUAUCAAAGAAAAACUGGCAUGGAGUGUAUAAAAAUGAUGACAGCUCUUCAUAUGCUCUCCGGCCACACUUCAUAUUAAUAUCCUCUCGGAUUCCUGCAUAUGAGAUGGUGGUGGAGAGCGUCAAGGCUGGUGUCGUUUCUGUGGUAUACGAACACAGCGUAACCUUGGAGAGCCUGCUUUAUCUCACAGAAAAAGCUCUGGAUGGGCAGAAGGCACAGAGCAUGGGAAUAUUUAGCGAUGGAGAUAGCAGAGAAAUCAAUUUACUCCAAGGGUAUAAAAUUGGUGUUAAAAAUUUACUGAAGCCUGAAGUGAGAGAUUUCUGGGAGAAAUUAGGAAGCUAUGUGGCCACUGAAGACGAAGGAGGCCACGUGGACUUCUUCGUGCCCCUUGGAGCAUCAGAGGCAGGAACUGAAGUUCUUUCUCAGCUGUCUCAACUAACUGGCACAUUCUUUACGGCACCCACUGGGAUUGCGACUGGCUCCUACCAGCACAUUCUUAGUGAUUGGCUGGGAGCCCAAUGGGGAAAGGCCCCCUCUUCCAUCUACUUCAGCGAAUCAAAACUACAGACAUGGUGCAGCUUCACAGACUUCCUAGAAGACACCUUGAAAAGGGUAAGGAAGCAGUUGUGUCCUCUCUUCAAGGAACUGCAAAAGAGCAUCAGUGGCAGGAUGAUAGGGCAGUUUAUGUUUGAUACCAUGGGUAUGAGCGACAUUCUGAACAACCAAGAGAUCGCACACGCUCUGACAGAUGGGCUGAUGGAGUUGUCAAAAGAAGAUUCUGACAAACCUCUGGAAUUUUUGUCAUAUUUUCUGCUGAAGAAAUGUGGUAAAAAGAUCAAAGAGUUUGAAGAAAAUGUUAUUCCAACAAAAUGUGACCCAAAGACAGCAUUCGGCUUAUUGAUGAAGGAAAGAAAUGGUGCAGAAGACAAUUCUUGGGACACAAAGUCAAGACUCAGCAAAAAUGAUUUAAAUUUUGAAGCGCUGAUUAAUCUGGAGAGAAUGCUCCAGAAAGACUCAGCAGAAAAGCGAACUAGAGUUGUCAGGGAACUCUUACAGAGUGAGAGAAAAUAUGUGCAGAUGCUGGAGAUUGUGAGAGAUGUUUAUGUCACACCACUGAAAGCAGCACUGUCAUCAAACAGAGCAAUUCUGAGUGCUGCCAAUAUCCAGAUCCUCUUCUCUGAUAUUCUGCGGAUUUUAAGUCUCAACAGGCAGUUUCUAGAUAACCUGAGAGACAGACUGCAGGAAUGGGGCCCAGCUCACUGUAUUGGAGAAAUAGUCACAAAGUUUGGAAGCCAGUUGAACACAUAUACCAAUUUCUUCAACAAUUACCCUGUCGUUCUGAAAACUAUUGAAAAGUGCAGAGAAAUGAUACCAGCCUUCCGAACUUUCCUGAAGAGGCACGAUAAGACCAUUGCUACCAAAAUGCUGAGUCUGCCAGAACUGCUGCUGUACCCAUCACGAAGAUUUGAAGAAUACCUUAAUCUUCUCUAUGCUGUCAGGCUUCAUACUCCUGCUGAGCAUGUUGACCGUGGGGACUUGACCACUGCAAUUGACCAAAUAAAAAAAUAUAAAGGUUAUAUAGAUCAGAUGAAGCAAAACAUCAAUAUGAAAGAUCAUCUGUCAGAUAUACAGAGAAUCAUCUGGGGAUGCCCUACUCUCUCAGAAGUAAACAGAUAUCUGAUUAGGGUCCAAGAUGUAGCCCAACUUCAUUGCUGUGAUGAAGAAAUAAGUUUCUCUUUAAGGCUCUAUGAACACAUCCGCGAUCUCAGCCUUUUCCUCUUCAAUGAUGCACUGCUGGUUUCUAGUCGGGGCACAUCUCACAUUCCAUUUGAGAGGACUUCAAAAACCACCUACCAGUUCAUUGCAUCAGUGGCCCUUCACAGGUUAUUCAUAGAAAAUAUUCCAGAUUCCAAGUAUGUCAAGAAUGCAUUUAUUCUUCAAGGUCCAAAAUAUAAAUGGAUUUGUGCUACAGAAGCAGAGGAUGAUAAGUUCCUAUGGCUGUCAGUACUUCAAAAUGCAAUCAAAAGUAGGAUGGAGAAGUGAGACUGAACUUGAAAGCAUCAAGGGUACCAAUUCUACCCAGCAAAGACAGACAACAUGUAUUUUCUGUUCCAAAAUAUCCAGUAAGAAACAGAGUAACUGUCAUGGACCAAGAUGACCCAUAGGAUCCUUCCAACUUUUAAACUGUAUCAUUUGUGCUCACUUAUGAAGAAUGUAUAAGAACACUUUGAGUCCAAAAGUUUGAACUACUUCUUUUGGUAGCUAUAUUUCAUGGGUAAUCUGAUGUGACGAAACCUAAGACAGC